AGCCAAUCACAUUCUAGCAACACUGAUUGCAAAUACGGAAAUACACGGAAAGCGUCUCCUUACCUUUUUUUAAAGGGUUGUUCUCUUUUAGUUUAAAAAGCAGCGGUUAGAAAUUACCCUUUUAGUAAAAAUUAAAAGGGACUCGUGCAAUAGACAGUUUUGUUCCACUCUAUGGAUUUUCUGCUGUUUCUAUCAUGGGCCUGCAUCGUGUUUACAGUCGGGAUGUUCUCGACAGGACUAUCCGACCUAAAAAAGAUGCGAGAAUCAAAAAGUGCAGAAAACAUCCAGUUUUUACCUUUCCUCACGACGUGUCUAAAUAACCUGGGUUGGUUAUUUUAUGGGUUCCUGAAGAAAGAUCACACCAUUGUUUUUGUCAACACCAUUGGAGCUUUUCUUCAAAUCCUCUACAUAGUUGUGUACUUCUAUUACACCAAACAGAAGAGGCAGGUGACUCUCCAGACCCUGGCAGCAGGAGCCAUACUGAUCACCGGCUGGCUGUACUUCACCACCUUUCUAACCGAAGGAGAGGCCCGGCUGAACCAGCUGGGUCUCACCUGCAGCGUAGUCACAGUCAGCAUGUACCUGUCCCCGCUCUUUGACCUGGUGGAGAUCGUCCGCAGUAAAAACGUCCAGUGCUUGUCUUUUCCUCUCACUGUAGCCACCUUCUUCACCUCGACCUCCUGGGUCCUCUACGGCCUCCAGCUGAACGACUAUUAUAUUAUGGUUCCAAAUACACCAGGGAUCCUCACCAGUCUGGUCCGAUUCUAUCUGUUUUGGAAGUUUGCGCCCGUCAGUCAAAGCUCACCGUCCUACAAGCCCUUGCAGAAGUGAGGACGUGAACUCAGAGGUUUCCUGUCUGUUGACUCCAUGGACAACAUGGUAGCUACAGACUGAAGGAGCCCCCUAACAACGAAAUGAGGAUCAUUGUCUUGAAAAGGAUUUUUCUGCAGUUAAGUGAUAAUGUGCGACCUUUGCUUCUUUUUCUGUGUCUCCCUUAAGUGCCUUGUGUUAGAUCAUAUCUGCCAUUGAAGGUCAGUGGCGUUAAUUGAUGGGAUUGAUGCGAUUCCAUUAUUGCCAAAGAUUGUAUGGAAGAGAGACUUCUAUUUUAAUGAUAUAUUCAUGUUACUCAAGUCUGGAGCCCAUUGGAGUAUACUGUUUCAUAUUUUUCUAUUCAAGAUGGAGAAGAACUGAUAUUUUUAAUCAGAGUUGGUACUUGAGCCUUUGUGUAAUCGUGUAUUCAGAACAUAAUGUCAUACGACUGGCAUUUGUUUACUCAUAUUUUUGUCUGAACCUUUUUAGAGACAAAGUGCUUGUUGAGCUUUUGUUCUAAAGCAAGUAUUGUUUACCUAUUUGUCUAUCUAUUUUUAUACAAUGUGUGUAUAAGACACAAGUAAAGUUCAGGAUUAAACCGACACAAAGUGUUCUUCUGUUAAGAAGUGUAAAUGACUGGUUUUCUGGGUGUCUCCUCCUUAUGGUGUGAAAACUAAAUAAAUAUUUCUGACUCAUCAUCUUCUA